AUGCGGUCCUACAAAACCUCUCCCCUGCUCUGGACUUCUCUGAUACGACUACAUUGGCGCUCCGCCCCUUUGAUUGGACACGCUGGACCAAUCCUUUGGGCGGUGAUCACUAUAGUUCCAUCAGGGUGCUCCACCUCGCCUAAGGCCUACGGCGUUGCUGGCUGGUACCCAUUUAUGCAGACUUUUCAUUCCUGGGCGGCGGUGUUGACUGCGACAUAUAAAGCGACGCUUAGUCCAGAGAGGGAGCUACUUCUUUUGAACUUGGCAUGGCCAGAGAAGUCACUAGAUCACCCCACUGAGAUGGACUCCUCUUGCAGCACCUCUUUGUUAGCCCCUCUGCUUUCUAUGAAAAUUGUUCCAUACAUAGCAGAGGACAGCUGUUUAGGAGGUGCCACAUCUAAAGAUGACCUGAACUGGUUCUAUGCUGAUAAUUUCCUAAUGCUGGAUUCUAUUGCAUCUCGCUCUCUAGACCUGAGACAAGCUAGUAGAACUGAACUAACACGUAAUUGUAGGUAUAGUUGGUGGUCUUGCGUGGCUAAGACGAACUUAGCUCUGAACGGCUUGUUUAACGGCAGCGGUCUAGAGAAUGGUUACCACGCGGCUGAUAGCACAGAAGGACACUGUGCUGGACAGGAUAAUGAUCUUGACGCAGCUAGCAUGUGUGCCCUCUCUAUGGAGGGUAUGGAGGGUAUUUACUAUAAAGCGCUAUUACCGGUGGAAGACGAACUACUCUUUGACAUUGACGUGACGAGUGCAUUUCUGUUAACACGCAAACGACACGGCUUUCAUCUGUUGGCGCUAUAA